AUGUCGACUCUGACGGACAAAGACUUCCUCCUCCACACCGUCCAGCUCGCAUACAUCCGCCACGUUCUUCCCUCGCACGCUCCACUCUCCGCCUCGACAACUCUCGCAGGCGGCAGCGGCGGACCUUACAACCUCAUCUCUUUUCCUCCCGCGCACGAACUGCGACGGAAGAACGUCUAUGUUGCGCUUUCGGGCGCAGCAGACGCGGAUAGGUGGCCUGAGGUACAGCAGUCGAGUUCAGGGCGGAGAAGUCCGCCUCUUGCGCCGGUGAUUGAGCGGGAGCAGAAGGGUGUCGAGGUUGCAGUGGGAGCGGGACGCAGGAGGAGACUUCAGCAGGGGACGGGUGGUGCGCAGCUGGGGUAUACGCAGACGAUCGUCGGAAAAGGGAGUGGAGCGGGAAGUGCGGGUAUGAGGGUUGGCGGGAAGGCAAGGACUUGGAAGGGGAAGGGCAAGCUGGUCGAGGAGGAUGCGGAAGACGGCGAUGCGGAAAGUCUCGAACGACCGCCAGGCUUUGGCGUUCACCGCCAAUCCGUCUCCUCGUCUUCCUCUCCGCCGACUCGCAACCUCGCACAUCCGCCUCCGCCGCCAGUGGUCGUGCACUCGCCCGUGAAGACGCCUCGAGAUCGAGUUUCGACAUCGCCUCCGCCGUUACGAGCUCCUGGUCCUGAUCCGGGGAGUGAGCGACGACCUCGGCUUGCGGACGCAGCGCAAAUUGCCGGCACUUCCGCCUCGCCUCAGCCUAGAGGCCCAGGUCCCGCUAGUCCUUCUUCUCCAGGCGAUUAUCCAUCGCGCCCACUAGCCGCCGUAUCGGUCCCAUCGUCCGAAGCCUCCUACAUCUCACCUUCUCUCGCUUCUUCGCCCUCGCAAACACCGGCUUCCUCGCAGAUCCUUCGACCGCCACUGCAGCCAACCGCUGAACCCUCGCCUGAUUCACCAGCCGGACCUGCACAAGUCGCGGCGCAGUCGCAGGCGAGCUCAGGCAUCUCGCUCUUCGGCACGUCUGUCGCGCAAGGUCCCGGUGGACAGCCGCAAGAGACGCUCGAGCCGCCGCCUCCGCCGUCGCCAGCAACUGUCGCUCCUCAGCCGCCACCUGCGCAGGCGGGCCCGGUGUUCCAGCUCCCGCCUGGGCUGAAGGUCCGGGAAAGGCGGAGGGUCAACAUUCGUGGACUCGACCCGCUCGUCCCGCUCAAUGCGGUGGCAGAGAAGCCGAAGGAGGAGGAGAAGGCGGUUUCCGCCCCUGUGCCUCCGCCGGUCGCUCCGCCAACUCGGCCUGCCGCCCCGCCUGCGCCGCCCGCGGAAAACACCCUCACCGUCCCGCCUUCCUCUCGCUCACCUGCCUCGUCGCCGGAAAGCGACGCGAAACCCUCUCCGCUUUUCCCCCCACGCUCAACGUACCUCUCCACCCCUUCACCCCGCCCUCGUCCGUCCGGUCAGAAGUCGGCUCUCUCGCUGCUCCUCUCCUCCGCCUCCACCGCCUCUUCGAAACCCUACAACCCGUUCUCGCGGCUCUACCAAUCCUGCAUCUCCCGCUCGCCCGGCCCAGACCCCUCAACUCUCAAUCUCGCGCUCUACUUCCCCUUCUCCUCGCGCCCUUCGCAGCCGCUCAAGAUCCGCGUCAAGCGAGAUGUGACUGUUGAGGAAGUGAUUGGAGCGGGGUUGUGGGCGUACUGGGAGGACGAUGGGAGGGAACCGAAGCUGGAUGGCGAGAACAUCGGAGUGAAGCCGGGGGAAGCGGAGGAGGGGAGGGAGACGACUAGAUGGAACCUGAGGAUUGUCGAGGAAGACGGAGAGGUCGACGAGGACUUUCCUGCUCUUGACAGGAUGCGCAACGUCUCGGCUUUCUCCUUCACCGAGUUCGCGAUCGUCCGCGCAACUGGUCAACAGAUCGAGGACAACGCCACGAAACAAGCUUCGAUCGUCCGCCGACCGUCUCGCAUCCUGUCGACCGGCCCAACCGCCACAGCAAGCGGCACGCCCUCUCGACGACACUCGAACGUCCCGACGCCUCAUGGUCCCGGCACCGCGACUCCCGUUCCACCAGACGCUGGCGGAAACGGCAUCAUCGAGCCGUCGACGUGUGCAGCCGGCUCGGCUUUGGCUGUACCUGUUGAACUCAAGGUCGAGGUCCUGUUGCAGUAUGAGGAACGGAGCGAGAUCGAGGUGCAGGUCCCCUCUGACAUGUACAUCGCAGACUUGCUCGACCACAUUUGCAAGCGCAUCUCGCCUAUACCGCCUCCUCACCCUCGCGACUGUGCCCUCGUCGUCCGCCUCUCGGACGGAGACAUCGUCGCCCCGCUCGACCGGACGGUCUCAUCGUUAGGCGAGCAUCAUACGCUGGUCCUCGUGCCGAGAAGUCAGGUUGGAGCGGUCGGCUUACGGAGACGAGAUGCGAGAAGCGCAGAUCCGUCCGAAUCGAUCUUCACCUCGGCGCAGCCCAAUCAACCUGCCCAGCGAGGUCUGCCAACUGCGCUCGAGGUCGUCGCGCCCUACCAACACUUCAACGUCCUCCGCAAGCUGCCGAUGUCGCUCGGCGGACGGCAUGCGCGGGUCAUCGCGAUCGACGGCGACUACUUACACUUCAUGCCGCCUGACGACGGACGCGGCGGAGGCGGCGGAACGCACCUCCUCGGCGGCACCUCGGGCCGCACAACCUCGUUCCACAUCUCGCAAGUCCACACCUGCAAAAUCAGUCGCCGCUCCGCCUCGUCCUUCAAGAUCGUCGUCCACACGAACCGGAGCGUAGACAAGCGGUACGACUUCGAGGCCGAAAGUCCGGCGUUUGCCCAGGAGAUUGUGAGGCAGAUCCGGGCGGUGAUGCAGGCUUAUCAGGCGGAGCAUCCGAAGACGAGGAUUCGGCUGUAG